CGAAAAAUCAUUCAAAAUAUAUUUCUGCUCCUCACAAGUUGCUAUUUUCACCAGAGACAGAGAUUUGAUCAGUUUUUUCAGAUGCUUAUUCCUGCAUUUUAUUCAUCAGUUUCAGUGAUCUGAAAAAACCCUAAUCGGUUCAGCGGAGCUGCAUUUGGUGAUUUACUUGCGUUUUUCUGUAGAAGAGUGGAAUGAGAUAUUAAGACAUUGGAUUGGGAGCGGUUAGAAAAAGAUGAGUGAGGGCAAGCAGUAUCAGCUGGGGACAAUUGGGGCGCUGAGUCUUUCUGUGGUUUCAUCAGUGUCGAUCGUGAUCUGCAACAAGGCACUAAUCAGCACUCUUGGGUUCACGUUUGCUACUACUCUGACUAGCUGGCAUCUCCUAGUCACAUUUUGUUCUCUUCAUAUUGCUCUAUGGAUGAAAUGGUUUGAGCACAAGCCUUUUGAUCCUAGAGCCGUCAUGGGAUUCGGGAUUCUAAAUGGAACAUCAAUUGGGCUUCUAAACCUGAGCCUGGGUUUCAACUCUGUUGGCUUCUAUCAGAUGACAAAAUUGGCGAUUAUCCCAUGCACUGUUCUUUUAGAGACCCUGUUCUUCCGAAAAAUAUUCAGAUAUCAGUGUGAGUUCACGUAUGAAGUUUCAGUUUUGGCUGUUAACACUUUCUUUACCAUCGUUUUCAGUAGGAACGUUCAGGCAUCCCUAGGUGUUCUUCUCAUUGGUGUUGGAAUUGCAACUGUGACGGAUCUGCAACUAAAUGUCCUGGGUUCCGUUUUGUCUCUGCUUGCAGUUGUUACGACUUGUAUUGCACAAAUCAUGACAAACACAAUCCAGAAAAAGUUCAAGGUUUCUUCAACACAACUUUUGUACCAAUCAUGCCCUUAUCAGGCACUCACUCUCUUCCUAACUGGACCGUUUGUCGAUGGACUUCUCACAAACUUAAACGUAUUCGCGUUCAAUUAUACCCCUAAAGUAUUGGCAUUUAUUGUCCUAUCAUGUUUGAUAUCAGUUUCGGUGAACUUCAGUACCUUUCUUGUAAUUGGUAAGACAUCGCCAGUCACUUAUCAGGUCUUAGGGCAUUUGAAAACGUGCCUUGUCUUGGCCUUCGGUUAUGUUCUUCUACGAGACCCCUUUAGCUGGCGGAACAUUCUAGGGAUCCUUAUCGCUAUAGUUGGCAUGGUAUUAUAUUCGUAUUAUUGCAAUAUGGAGAGCCAGCAAAAGGCCAAUGCUGAAGCAGCACAAUUAUCUCAGGCCAAGGAAAAUGAAUCCGAUCCUCUAUUAAAUGUUGAAAAUGGAGCUGGUAUUUUAUCCGACUCGAGUGUUGGAAGAGAUCCAGGGUGGAAAUCGAACAAAGACCUGCAGGCGUAAAACUUUAUCCGACUCGAGUCUCGUCAAUGAAGAUGUUGCUGCAAGGGAUAAGGCACUUGCUUCGGGCCUUUUUGAGUUUGUGUCGUCAGAUAGAAUUUUUAUUCGAUUAAUAGUAAUGCUAAAGGAUGUUCUUUAGAGGAACAAUUUUGUAUUUUUACGUUAGGCGUGCCAAUAUAGUCCAUAAUCUUUCAUUGUGGUUUUAUUUUGUUGUCUGAAGCAAAUGCUGCUGCAGUUUUGAUUUGAAUGUGUGAUAGUUUUAGUAAAAAUUUUAUUGGUAUGUUCAUGAAAGUUCUGUUUAGCAGUUGUGUAAAGCUGUUUAUUGGUAUAUCUAUGCAGAGUUUUGUUAUAGAACCAACAGUUGUAAUCAAUCAAUCUCUUA